AUGGCUCUGGACUUUAGUUACAUCCCCAUAAUUGAUAUUAGUCCUCUUUUAGCCAAAUCAGAUGACCCAAAAAUGGGUCAAGACCCUGGAGUACUUGAUGUUGUUGCACAAUUGGAUAAAGCUUGUACUCAGGCUGGCUUCUUUUAUGUGAAAGGCCAUGGUAUUCCUGAUACACUUCUCAAAGGGGUUAGAGAUAUAACGCAUACAUUCUUCCAACUUCCUGAUGAAGAAAAGGCAAAAAUCAAAAUGACCCCGUCGAAUGGGUUCAGAGGAUACCAGAAGAUUGGAGAAAAUAUAACUGAAGGUACCCCUGAUAUGCAUGAAGCGAUUGAUUGCUAUAGGGAAGUGACUAAAGGCAUGUAUGGAGAUCUUGGCAAAGUUAUAGAAGGAUACAACAAAUGGCCAAAAAAUCCUCCAAAGUUCGAAGUUCUUAUGGAGGAAUAUAUUAGUCUCUGCACAGAUCUUGCGAGGAAAAUUAUGCGCGGAAUUGCUUUAGCGUUAGGUGGAUCACCGUAUGAAUUUGAAGGUGAUAGAGCUGGUGAUUCAUUUUGGUUGAUGCGGAUAAUUGGUUACCCAGGUGCAUCCACUGUAAAUGACAUUGGAUGUGGAGCUCACACAGAUUAUGGUUUAUUGACAUUGUUGAACCAAGAUGACGAUAUUAAUGCACUUCAGGUAAAAAACCUAUCUGGCGAAUGGAUAUCCGCACCUCCAGUUCCAGGGUCAUUUGUGUGCAACAUUGGUGACAUGCUCAAGAUAUACUCCAACGGUUUGUACGAGUCAACAUUGCAUAGAGUGAUAAAUAACUCCCCAAAAUAUAGAGUCAGCAUAGUAUAUUUUUACGAGACGAACUUUGAUACUACGGUAGAGCCACUAGAUACAUAUAAAACAAGGACAAAUGGCAACAAGAGGUUUGAAAGAGCGAUCUAUGGAGAGCAUCUAGUCAGGAAAAUCCUCACAAACUUUGUGGAGGAAUGA